AAUACACUCACUCACAUACGCACUCUCUCUAAAAGCCUAACAGUUUCUCAAAAUGGCCGCCCAGUAGCAAGCCAAGAAAAUCACCCACUCUCACACAUGGCCCUCACUGAUAAGAAAGCCCUGCUCGUUUUGCCAUGGGUUUUUGUGAGCAUUGCUUCUUUUCAUGGGGCCUUUGCCCAAUCCCCUGUUUUUGCUUGUGACACAUCAAAGGACCCGUCUGUUGGCUCAUAUGGGUUCUGCAAUGGCUCACUUGGGCUCAGUGAGAGGGUCCAGGACCUGGUUCAGAGGCUCACAUUGAGUGAGAAAAUUGGGUUUUUGGUUAACAAAGGAGUUGGGGUGAGCAGGCUUGGUAUCCCUGCUUAUGAGUGGUGGUCUGAGGCCCUUCAUGGUGUCUCCUAUGUUGGGCCUGGAACCCACUUCUCUGGGCUUGUUCCUGGUGCCACAAGUUUUCCUCAGGUUAUUCAUUCUGUUGCUUCAUUCAAUUCUUCCCUCUGGGAGGCCAUUGGAAAGGUGGUCUCAACGGAAGCUCGAGCAAUGUACAAUGUGGGUCUGGCAGGGCUCACAUUUUGGAGCCCAAAUAUAAACAUUUUUAGGGACCCAAGAUGGGGAAGAGGGCAAGAAACAGCAGGAGAAGACCCACUUCUCACUAGCAAAUACGCAGUGGGUUAUGUGAAGGGAUUGCAAUCGAGUGAUGAUGGGGAUCCAAACAGGCUCAAAGUUGCAGCUUGUUGCAAACACUACACAGCUUAUGACUUGGAUAAUUGGAAAGGGGUUGAUCGAUUCCAUUUUAAUGCUAAGGUAACGAAACAGGAUAUGGAUGAUACUUUUCAGCCUCCCUUUAAGAGCUGUGUCAUUGAUGGGCAAGUUGCAAGUGUGAUGUGCUCUUAUAACCAAGUGAAUGGCAUCCCCACAUGUGCAGACCCUAAUCUCUUAGCUGGGACAGUUAGAGGAGAAUGGAACUUAAAUGGAUACAUAGUCUCAGACUGUGAUUCAGUGGAGGUGUUAUAUGACAAACAACGGUACACUAAAACUCCUGAGGAUGCUGCUGCCCAGACAAUUAUGGCCGGAUUGGAUCUCAAUUGUGGAUCCUUCUUGGGUCAGCACACACCGGCUGCAAUUAAGGCCGGAAAAUUGAAUGAGUCGGCUGUCGAUAACGCGGUCUCUAACAACUUGGCCGUUUUGAUGCGGCUCGGCUUCUUUGACGGGGACCCACGUAGCCAAUUGUAUGGAAAAUUGGGGCCAAAAGAUGUCUGCACCCAUGAAAACCAGCAGCUAGCACUGGAGGCAGCGAGGCAGGGCAUUGUCCUUUUGAAGAACAGCGCUGGAUCACUGCCAUUGUCGCCGGCCGCCAUCAAGAAAUUAGCAGUGAUCGGCCCCAAUGCUAAUGUCACCAAAACCAUGAUCGGAAACUAUGAAGGGACGCCGUGCAAGUACACAACUCCCCUACAAGGAAUCUCAGCCUCAGUGAGUACAGUCUACAACCCGGGUUGCCAAAAUGUGGCUUGCGCCGAGUCCGGACUCCAGCUCGAUGCAGCCAAGAAGGCAGCAUCAGAAGCUGAUGCCACCAUCCUCAUAAUGGGUGCAGACCAAUCCAUCGAGGCCGAGGAUCGUGACCGUACAGACAUCACCCUCCCUGGGGCACAACAAAAGCUAAUAUCUGCGGUUGCCAAUGCAACUAACGGGCCAGUCAUUCUUAUUGUGAUGUCUGGUGGCCCGAUGGACAUAUCAUUUGCUAAGAUCGAUGACAAGAUUACGAGCAUUAUUUGGGUCGGUUACCCUGGCGAAGCCGGGGGAGCGGCCAUAGCUGAUGUCAUAUUCGGGGUUCACAAUCCUGGCGGCAGAUUGCCAGUGACAUGGUACCCACAAGACUUCGUCACCAAGGUCCCGAUGACGAACAUGAACAUGCGGCCUGACACUUCGACUGGCUACCCCGGCCGCACAUAUCGGUUCUACACCGGAGAUACCGUCUACUCUUUCGGAGACGGCCUCAGCUACACUGAGUUUUCUCACCACCUUAUCCGAGCCCCUACAACAGUCUCGAUCCCCCUAGAAGAGGGCCAUCCCUGCCUCUCUACUGCCUGUGAAUCUGUCGAGCUUCACAGUAGCAAAUGUCCUAAUUUAACCUUCAGUUUACAUGUGAAGGUUAAGAAUGUGGGGGAUCGGCAUGGGGGCAAUACCGUCCUUUUGUUCUCAACGCCACCUAGAGUGCACAACGCACCUAGGAAGCGGCUUCUAGGUUUUGAGAAGGUGCAUGUGGAGCCGAGAAGCGAACGUGCGGUCGAGUUUCGGGUCGAGGUUUGUGAGGGUUUGGGAGUGGUGGAUGAGUUUGGGAGCAAGAAGGUGGCUUUAGGCUCACACACAUUUCAUGUAGGCAACUUGGUGCACUCUUUGAGUGUGGUAACUUGAAUAAGGUUGAUUUGGGUGCGAAUCGGUUUGAAGCGAGCCCACAUUAGGUUGGUACCGGGUGAAUUAGACCCCGGUCACAGUCUUUUCUUGGGCGGUUUGGGUUGUUUAAGGUUGAUUGGGUAUUCAAUUUGGAUUUAAAUUGGGGUCUAUGGGAUUACAAAAACUUGUAACCUAGACCAAUUUUUUUUAGGAUCCAUGAAAGAAAAUGGAGAACAUUUUGCGUUGGUUUUCUUC